AUGGAGGCAUUGUCACCACGAGAUGCGAAUUUGCAUCUCCGAAAACAGCCAGUCACAAAACCGAAGGCAACAGCGACAAUCAAGCCAAUGUCGAAGGAAAAAGAUCAUCCUCCUCCACCUCCUCAAGCAGUUCUGGAACCAGCAUCGUCAGACCGCAUAGAUGGAGCGAUUUAUAGAACGGGGAAGCUUCUGGGAAGAGGAGGUUUUGCAAUCUGUUACGAGGCAAGACUGGCUGGCACUAAGCAGCUUUAUGCUUUAAAAAUAGUUAAAAGCCAGAUGCCACAAAAGAAGAUGGAGCAGAAGUUUCAAACAGAGCUCCAGAUCCAUUCUAAAAUGAACCACCCGAACGUGGUUAGAUUCCACCGAGCAUUCUCAUACAAUCAGUGCACGUUUCUGGUGCUUGAACUCUGUCCUAACGGGUCGCUGAUGGAUAUGGUUAAAAAGCGGAAGUUUAUCACGGAGCCGGAAGUCAGGUUUUGGACAGUCCAGAUGACUGGAGCAAUAAAGUACAUGCAUGAUAAGGGCAUCAUUCAUCGAGAUCUUAAAAUGGGCAACAUCUUUCUGGAUAAGGAUAUGAACGUCAAAAUUGGAGAUUUUGGACUAGCAGCUUUGCUCAUGUCUGGUAAGGACUGGACCAAUGUAAGACGGACAACAUUAUGUGGAACGCCAAACUAUAUCGCACCCGAAAUUCUUUCCAAGGACAAGCAAGGACAUGAUCAUGCUGUUGAUAUCUGGAGCUUGGGUAUUAUUAUCUUUGCCAUGCUUACUGGAAAACCACCAUUCCAGUCAACGACUGCUGAUGAGAUUUACCGACGAGCACGAGAAAGAGAGUACGACUGGCCAGAGUUGGACAAAACCGAAAACUUCAUUUCCGCAGAGACUAAAGAUCUCGUUUCACUCAUGCUACAACCUGCUGAGGACCGACCGGACCCAGAUACAAUUGUUCAACAUCCAUUCUUCACAUGCGGAUACAUGCCGCUUUCCGAGGAAAUCCUUCCUGAGUUCCGGGAAGCCACACCAACAUCGAACCGCUUUCUGUCAGUUGAAGCUCGAGGAGGAAAAUCAGCACUCAAUAUACGAAACCUCAAGAGAUUAUGUGCUAUGUGCGGAGUCGGACCAUGGGGCUCUUCCCAAAAGCGUCAACAAAGCACAUACCGUGAAGUUGCUGCAGAGGAAAAAGCAGGUCUUACUCCAGCAAUUCCACUACCUGAGGGCAUUGUAUACCGACCCUUCAACGAGUGGUUGCGAGAAAAGGCAGAUCAAUUUAACGGAAAUGAGAAUAUCAAAACAACAGCUGAACAGGCAGAUCAAGCGGUAGACAAGAUUCUGGAGGAGCCGCCCCAAAGAGUAGAGCCCCCGCUGCCAUCUUCCAGGCCUGUGGCGCAAAGCUUCGCAGCUCAGCAGCGAGCAAGACCUGGAUUGUCUCAGCAACCCUCCCGUGGAGUAAAGUCGCGACAGACAUCAUCUGACACUGUCAGUAAACUUCCGACAUCUUCUUCGCGCCCAAUAGUCAACAUUUCUGCUAGAGUUGCCCGCCCUAGGAAAGGAGACCCGAAAUAUACAGAGGAUGUCGCUGACGUUCAAGAUCGUCUCGCUGCAGACAUCGUGAAGCAGCUUCCUGCGAGAACUGCGCGAAGUGGACCAGUGGUUGAAGAAAUGCCUAAGAUUCAAGACAAGUCACAUUCUCUGUUUUCAACCCGUGAAAAGGUAGAGAGGCUCCAGAACACUAAACCUGACGAUGUACUUCGUUCACUUCAAAACCUUCAGCAUGAAUUAGAGAGAGCAUUGAACAGCAGGACUACUGCUAUCGAAACAAAGACACUACAUCCGGCUUUGACACUGGUGGUCAAAUGGGUCGAUUACACUAAUAAGCACGGCCUCGGUUACAUUUUGAGUAAUGGAAGUAUUGGCUGCAUAUUCAGUACUACACAAGUAGAUUCCUCCGACACAACUAAAGGAUCUUUACCUCCAUGUUCUGUAAUUGUUCGUGAUGCAGAACAUCACUUGCAGAAUCGGGAAAAUACCUCAUACCCUGAUAGACACGAGAUCGUACCAAUACGUGGCUCGCAUAUUGAGUUCUUCGAAUCUCGCGGUGAAGCUGGCAUUGUAUGUGGUAAGGUUCUGCCGAUUAACUUCAAGCUUGCGCCAGGCAAGCCUGGAACUUCUGGAAGAGCUGCAGAGGCUGGGAAGCUGGAACCAGGGGCGGACGAGUGGGAUCAUAGGAAGAGGGAAAAGUUGAUUCUUUGGAAGAAGUUUGCAAAUUACAUGGUAUCUUAUGGAAGAGAUCAAAACUACCCCAACGACAACGCCGCUAAGCGAGACCUCGAAAAGAAGCCAGAACACAAGCCUUCUGGAAAUGUUAUCACAUUUUAUCAACGAUGGGGUGACGUUGGAUGUUGGGGAUUUGGUGAUGGCCACUUCCAAUUCAACUUUCCGGAUCAUACUAAAAUUGUCAUCUCGGCUGACGGGACAUGGUGCGAUUUUUACCAUCUACCUAUUGACGCCGCGAGGGACAUUGCUUCGAAAGGAACUCUUUCUCCUUCGGCUCUCGAUGACCGACAAAAUCUCUCCUUUCCCCUUCAGACUCUUCUGAAUUUUAUGACCAAGCCAACCAAAUCCACGACCAGGAAGCGUCCUGAAAUCGACCCGAUGAUCCAGGGUAUCCCUCAGGCGAACGACUUCCGAAGGAAGAUUGAAUUCAUCCGUAGUGCCAUCAAAGAAUGGGUCUCAAAUGGCGGGCUGGGAAAUAGUAAUAUGGAAGCUGAGCACCGGCUGAGAUGGACAGGUUGUCGUGAGAUCGUCAACACCAAGCCAGAAUACAAACAUGUAUGGGUCACAGUUGGUGCUAGAAAUGGCGACGACAGAAGGGUGGCAUGGUUCGACCCUAGGAAACCAGGAGAAAUUCGACCGGAUAUGGAGCCUUCAAAAUCAUGA